AUGGUCCAAAAAUAAGGAGCAACUAUGUCCUUCUCUCAGUUCGGAUACCCCUACAGCACCACUUCACAGUUCUUCGUGCCCGCCAGCCCCAGCACGACCUGCUGCGAGGCCGCCCCCCGCUCCGGGCCGGAUGCCUCCUCGGCGCCGGCCGCCGCCUCCCUCUGCUGCGCCCCGUACGAGAGCCGGCUGCUGGCGCCCGGCCGCGCCGAGCUCAAUGCCGCGCUGGGCAUGUACAGCGCCCCGUACGCCGCCGGCCAGGGCUACGGCAACUACCUGUCCUACGGCACCGAGCCCGCCGCGCUCUACACCGCGCUGAACCCCCAGUAUGAAAUCAAAGACGGCGCCGGCACGCUGCACUCGGGAAUCGCACAGCCCGCUACCUACUACUCCUACGAUCAUUCCUUGGGGCAGUACCAGUACGACAGGUACGGGACGGUGGAUUUCGGUGGUUCAGCCAGACGCAAAAAUGCAACGCGAGAGACGACGAGUACCCUCAAGACCUGGCUGUACGAGCACCGCAAAAACCCUUACCCCACCAAAGGAGAGAAAAUCAUGCUGGCUAUCAUCACUAAAAUGACCCUGACGCAAGUGUCCACUUGGUUUGCUAACGCCAGACGGAGGCUCAAAAAAGAAAACAAAAUGACCUGGUCUCCCAAGAACAAAGCAGGGGAAGAGAGGAAAGAAGAAACCCCGAGGGAAGAGGAUGAAUACAGCGCGGAGACAGAGCAGAAGAGCUACAAAGAGGACAAGGACCUGCGGUUCAGCGACCUGGAGGAGGAGGAAGAGGAGGAGGAGGCGGGGAAGCCGGAGAAGGGCCGGACCAGCUCCCUGCAGGAAGCCCCCAGCCUGGGCGCGGCACUGCCCGAGGCUCCGCGGAGAGAGUGCAGCCUGCCCGGCCCCUUCCACGCCUUUCCUUGCGCCAAGGCCCCCGCCGCGGACUUCGCUCCCGCCUCCUCGGCCGGCCCGCCGCCGCCCUACGCGCCCGCGGAGAAGCCGCGCAUCUGGUCGCUGGCGCGCACCGCCGGGGCCAGCGCGGCGCACAGGGGCAGCCCCGAGGGCCGCGGCGCGGAGGGAGGCGGCGGGGCGGCGGGGGAGCAGCCCCUGCCCGCCAAGGCCUUCCGGAGCUCCGCUUUCAACCUGCAGCCGCUCCCGCGAAGCUGCGCGUCCCACCGCGGCCUGGGGGAGCCGUGCCAGUUCGCGGCGGCGGGCGAAGGCUUCGGGCGGGGCGCCAAGGGCGGCCCGGGAGGCACGGAGCCGGGUGGGACCUGCCUGGACAGGCUGCGGACGGCGUUCCGGCCCGUGCUGCGGAGGGAAAUCAAUCUUGAAUAUCGAGUAGACUUCUAUAUGUUUACUAAAGGCUACUCAAGACGAGUGGGGCUGCAUAACUGGGAGACCUCUGGGUUUGCGACCGGGGAAGCAAUUCAUAGGGGAAAGGAGGAGCUGCAGGCCAACGCAGGCGGGGCUGCCCCGGGCUUCGGCCCCGAUAAUAUCCGCGACCCUUCCCGGGAGCGGGGCAGUCCCGGCUGCGGGGGCCCUGGGGAAGGAGGCUAA